AUGAAUAUUGUUAAUAGAGAAGAUAGAUUCCAGUGGUUUCUUUCUAUUGCUUACGGGCCUAAUAAUCCAACCUUUAGGUCUGAUUUUUGGGAUGAGCUGAAUUAUUUGAGGUUACAAUCUCCAUUGCCAUGGAUUUUAGCAGGGGAUUUUACUGUUAUUCGCUUUCAAGAUGAGGAGAAAGGGGGUUCUCCACUCACUAGAAGUAUGCAAGAUUUCUCAAACUUCAUUGAAGAUCAGAGUCUAAUUGAUUUGCCUCUACAGGGAGCUUUAUUUACUUGGUCUACUGGUCAGUUUCCUGAUCCAAUCAUGUCCAGAAUUGAUAGGUUUCUCUUGUCACUAGAGUGGGUUGAUAAAUAUCCAAAUGUGCUGCAAUUAGCUCUUACUAAACCUACUUCAGACCACAUCCCGUUAUUGCUGGAUACUUUUGAUGUGGGGUGGGGACCUCCUCCAUUUCGUUUCUUUACCUGGUGGUUCUCAAUUGACGGUUUUUUGGAUAGGCUUGAAGAAAACUUUGGUCCUUUGGAGAAGAAGAUUUCAGAAGUUGACGAAUCUCUUAAUGCCUUUGUUCUUAUUGAGCAAGCCAGGUCUUUGACUCCGUCUGAAGUUAUUGAAAAGGGUAAAGUCCAAGCUGAAUUGGAUAAAUUACUUGUGAUGAAGGAGAUAGCUAAAAGACAACAAUCUAGACAGACCUCGAUCAAAUUAGGUGAAAAGAACACGGGUUUCUUUCAUAGUUUCGCUUGUGCGAGUCGAAGAGCCAAUUCAAUUAUGUGUCUUAAAGAUUCUGAUGGUAAUUUCAUUACAGAAAGAGAAGAUAUUAAGAAAAACAUCAUUGAUUUUUAUUCAAAUCUUUAUAAUGAGGAUUUCGAUAUGAGACCAGGUAUGAAUCAUGAUUGGUUUUCUAAAUUGUCACAAGAAGAAGCUGACAACCUUGAAUUACCUUUCUCUGAGGAAGAGAUUUGGGAGGCAGUAAAGAGUUUGGGGCAAGAAAGAGCUCCAGGACCUGAUGGAUACCCUCUUGUUUUUUUCAAGAGAUGCUGGAGUUUCCUUAAAGUGGAUCUUAUUGCCAUGAUGCAGGAAUUCUUUGAAACAAGAUUUUCUCUAAGCUUCUGA